GCGCUGCAUCAGUAUUCCGCGAACUUCCAUUGCGUUCUCCUCGUUUCUCGGUUUUGCCCGAUUCCUCACGAGUUACGAGAGGGAGGGAGUCGCCGCCGUCGCCGUCGCCUGCAGACGCGAGAGUCGCCGUGAAACGCCGCAAGACAAAAGUGCCUUCUUUCCACUUCAUUGCGAACGAGGAUCCCCCACAGGAUGGCGGACGACGGCCACGAGAACGGCACCAGUAACGGCGACGUGCCCGAGAUCGAGCUGAUCAUCAAGGCAUCGACGAUUGACGGCCGUCGAAAGGGCGCCUGCCUGUUCUGCCAGGAGUACUUCAUGGAUCUGUACCUUCUGGCGGAGCUGAAGACGAUCUCCCUGAAGGUGACCACCGUGGACAUGCAGAAACCACCGCCCGACUUCCGCACCAACUUCCAGGCCACGCCGCCGCCCAUCCUGAUCGACAACGGCGACGCGAUACUGGAGAACGAGAAGAUCGAGCGACAUAUCAUGAAGAACAUCCCCGGCGGGCACAAUCUAUUUGUACAGGAUAAGGAAGUGGCCACUCUCGUGGAGAACUUGUUCAGCAAACUUAAGCUGCUGCUGCUGAACGCGAAGGAUAAGGACAAGGAUCCGAAGACCUCGUCGCUGAUGGCGCAUCUUCGUAAGAUCGACGAGCAUCUCGGUCGCAAGGGCACCCGUUUUCUCACCGGCGACACUAUGUGCUGCUUCGACUGCGAGCUGAUGCCGCGGCUGCAGCACAUCAGGGUCGCCGGCAAGUAUUUCGCAGACUUCGAGAUACCGGAGACUCUGGUGCAUCUAUGGCGGUACAUGCAUCACAUGUACAGGCUCGACGCCUUCUUACAGAGCUGCCCGGCCGAUCAGGAUAUCAUUAAUCACUACAAACUGCAGCAGAGUAUGAAGAUGAAGAAGCACGAGGAGCUAGAAACGCCGACCUUCACCACGAGUAUCCCGAUCGAGGUCAACGACGACUAGGAGGUGGCUUGGUCUGCGAUCGCGUGACUUCGAUUAGACAUCGAGAUCGGCCUAUUGCGAGAUCGGCGUAUCGCCUCGGCGGAGUUUCAACGGCGCGCAUUUUGUAAUUUAAUAUCCAUCAUUAUAGUGUCGGGAGCGAAGCAGGAAUCCUCCUCCCGUUGGAACUCCCAUCCUUCCAGCUGCCAGCUCGCGUCAUUGAUCGGUUCACAUCUUAUACGCUAAGAGAUCAUUGCUGGAUCCGAAUCCUUUCUUCGCGGGAUCAAGUCAGGUUUACAAACAGAUUAGCUUUUUUACCGCAAACGACGCGAAAACGUAUAAUAAGCGCGUUUAAAACCUUUCGAGUCUUAAAAGCAAUUCUAGAUUAUCGGUUUUCUUCGUUUUUUCGUCUCUUUCCUCUUUCUUUUUUUUCCACCCUGCUACGUUCGGUGCGUAGUUUUGACCUGAGUAGUAUUAGCAAGAUUUUAAUUUGCUAUAUCGUUGAUUCAAGGAUUACAAGUUUGUCAGGAGAAGCGAUGAUAAUCUCGCCGGCGAGCAAUUAUAAAAAUUAAUAUCAAGAAUGCAAAAGAAACGUAUGCUUGGUGCCAUUAUAUUUUUGCGCGAUUGUAAAAAAAAGAAUAUUUUUUCUCUUUGAAUAAUAUGCACUACUUUUAGGCAACAGUAUUACGUAAGAUAAUGCAUAAGCGAAGUUGAAAGUAAAUAUAGAACGCUUGAUAAAAUGUUUCAAUAUAACCUUCUUAAGUUUGCAUAUCUUUUUAAAUGUUAUGUCUCUUGUUUCCAUCGUUGCCAAUCCCUCGCAUGACGAACUGUUAAGAAAAAUAUAUGACUGAGAUGCUUGCAUUGAUGAUUGCGGAGAUCAAAAUCGUAAACUUAUCGGGGUGCAUUUUUUUUUGUAUCCAAAUGCGAUUAGCUCUAUCGAGAUAAAUGUAGAAAUUCAUCUCGCGAAAUAUGUGAUCCAGAGUGCGUACGUUUCUUCUGGAUUCCACAGCGCAAUGCGAGUCGCCUUGUUAAUUCCGUUUCACUAUUAGCACUUUUACUUACUUAUUUACAAAACGGGAUGAAACGGAGAACGAGUAUCGCGAGGAUAAUGUUCUCCAGUGUUUCGGAUGUGUUCGAAAGGCAUUUACAACAGAAAUGUCGGGAAUCAGUUUCGCUUAUUUCCAUUAAUAUGCAAUCCACUGUUUCAGAAAGCAAAAACAAAGGAGUAAUUGUCUAUUCCGUAUUAGUAAUUCUAUUAUUAUUAUAAUAAUUAUUAUUACUAUUGUAUUAUUAUUAAUUUUGGUUUAUAUAUCCGUAGAAAUCAAUAUACCAGUGUUUACA